GAGCUGAUGAGCUCCAACGUGGCUGCAGCUGUGGCUGCCUCCAGGAAGGAGUCCCCGGGCAGACGGGGCCUGGGGGAGGAGCCGACAGGCGCGGGCCCCCCGCUGCGGUGUCGCGUGUGCGGGGACAGCAGCAGUGGGAAGCACUACGGCAUCUACGCCUGCAACGGCUGCAGCGGCUUCUUCAAGAGGAGCGUAAGGAGGCGGCUCAUCUACAGGUGCCAGGUCGGGGCAGGGGUGUGCCCGGUGGACAAAGCCCACCGGAACCAGUGCCAGGCCUGCCGGCUGAAGAAGUGUCUGCAGGAGGGCAUGAACCAGGACGCCGUGCAGAAUGAGCGCCAGCCACGGAGCACGGCCCAGGUCCGCCCGGACAGCGUGGGGUCAGACAAGGAAUUGCAGCUGGAGCCCCGGGGCACCCGCUUGGCCCUGGCAGGGCCCAGUCCACGGGGCCCCAUCCCUGCUUCUGCAGCCAGAGCCCUGGGGCCCGGGGCCUGCACACCUCCAGGGCAACAGCACUUCAUGGCCAGUCUUAUAACAGCAGAAACCUGUGCUAAGCUGGAGCCUGAGGAUGCUGAUGAGAAUAUCGAUGUCACCAGCAAUGACCCCGAGUUCCCCUCAUCCCCAUAUUCCUCUUCAUCUCCCUGUGGCCUGGACAGCAUCCAUGAAACGUCAGCACGCCUGCUCUUCAUGGCUGUCAAGUGGGCCAAGAACCUGCCCGUGUUCUCCGACCUGCCCUUCCGGGAUCAGGUGAUCCUGCUGGAAGAGGCGUGGAGUGAGCUCUUCCUCCUCGGAGCCAUUCAGUGGUCUCUGCCUCUGGACAGCUCCCCGCUGCUGGCCCCAGCUGAGAUGUCCGCUGCUGGCCGCCCCCAGGGCCUCCUGGGGCUGGCCAGUGCCGAGGCUCGCGUCCUGCAGGAAACCGUCUCACGCUUCCGGGCACUGGCCGUGGACCCCACCGAGUUCGCCUGCAUGAAGGCCCUGGUCCUCUUCAAACCAGAAACUCGGGGCCUGAAGGACCCUGAGCAUGUGGAGGCCUUACAGGACCAGUCCCAAGUGAUGCUGAGCCAGCACAGCAAGGCCCACCACCCCAGCCAGCCUGUGAGGUUUGGGAAAUUACUCCUGCUCCUGCCUUCUUUGAGGUUCAUCACUUCUGAACGUGUUGAGCUCCUCUUUUUCCGCAAGACCAUAGGGAAUACUCCAAUGGAGAAGCUCCUUUGUGAUAUGUUCAAAAACUAAUGUAAAUGGAAGUAAAAUGGGUACAGCCACUUGGAAAACAAUCUUUUGGGGCUAAACAUUUGCUGUGACCCAGCCAUUCCACUUGUAGGUAUGUGUACAGAGCAGAAAUGUCCACCACGUAUUCAUAGCAGCUGUAUUCAUCAUAAUAGUCCCAAACUGUACACUGAGAGUAAAACUGAUUAAUACAUUGUGGUUUAUUCAUAUAAUGAAAAACUAAAAAAGUGAACUCUGUGGCAUCUUACUACACUGAUGGACAGUGACUGCAAUGGGGUAUGGGGGGAACUCGAUAAUAUGGGUGAAUGUAAUAAGCACAUUGUUUUUCAUAUGAAACCUUCAUAAGAGUAUAUAUCAACAAUACCUUAAUAAAAAAUAAAAAACGUAAAAAUUAAGAAAAAGUAGUGAUAGCUCUGGGAGAUGCCAGUUAAAUUGGAGGGCAAAACUCCAUGCCUAAAAUAAAGACCAUGGGAACUGCUUUCUUCUGCAAAAAAAAAAAAAAGAAAAAGAGUGAACUACCAAUACAUGUGACGACAUGGAUAAAUCUCAGACAUAAAAGUUGAAGGUACGAGUUCUGCUUACACGAAGCUCAGGAACAGGCGAGACCUGCCGAUGGUGGUAGAAAUCAGAAGAGUGGGUACCUCUGGAGUGGGGGUCGGGUAGUCGGAAGGAGGCCUUAGGGGGCCUCUGGUAUGCUAGAAAUGUUCUUCAUUUUGAUCUGGGUGCUGGUUUCACAAAUUCACUCAUUCAUAAAAAUUAACUGAGCAGCACACUUAAUA